AUGGUAGAGAUAUAUUCCAUCGGCUCUCGCAACGAGUGCGAACGCCUCGUCAAGGACUGGGGGUUUCGGCAUGUUUUCACCUGGGCAGAUGGGAGCAAUGCAUAUUACCCUCCUCAUACGCAUGGCGGCCUAACAACUCAUCUCAUCCGCCGGGGUACCUUCACAAUUACUUAUCCUGACGAUAACGCUAAGCUGCACAAUGGAGAGGUCAAGAAGGAGACCUUUGGAACAGGGGCGAGGAUAGAUGUGCCGGCUGGCAAGCGACACGAGGUUUGGAUCGGGGAUGAGGGGUGUGAGUAUGUCAUUGGUGAAUAA